AUGCAAGCUUUAGUGAACGCGUUCCUGCGCCUGUUCUCGUUCCUCCUGCCCCCCUCUUGGCUGAGGUUAGGCUUUUGCUGGUGGGUUGGGGAUGAGUGCGGAGACUUGCCGUUGCCCAAUCCUAGGGCUCGUCUCAAACGUAGAAAACCUCUUACAUAUGAGGAAGUAACAGCACAAGACUCCGUGCCUGCCGCCUCCCGUCCUCCUAGCUGUGUCUCGCUAGCUGCUGACAGCCCCGCGUCGCCGCCAGCGGAUUUUCCGUGGGGCAGAAUCUGGGAGUUCUGGCACGCUGUGGAGCGCAUCUUGGGGGCUCCCUUCGCCAUCCGCAGGCGCUGGUGCCAAAAGCAUCGAACUUUAUAUCCGUCCUACGCCGCCGAUUCCGGUUCCCCGCCGAACACAAACGGCAAUCCGCGAAGCACUACCAAAGACGCCGACGAGCCGAGAGCCGACACGUUCCCCACUGUCAUGAGUGCUGCUACGGAAUCGCCAAGCUCUCUCGAACCGCUGUCCGGCGCUUCCGUUCGGUCGCUUGUCGACGUAAUUAGCGUGGACAACCACCUGCAAGAAAUGGGGACUCAGGUAACGAUAACCGUUGCUAUCCAAGCAGCGGAGGACGAGGAGCCGGACGAAGAGCUCUCUUCCAACAACCUAGAUCUUCACGGAGGCAGCUGCAGUGAGGACGAAAUCGCGAAGCAUGAUAAAUCUAGUGGUGCUGGCACUAGUGGCGGGGAGCUGGAGGAGGAGAGCUGGCGGCCCCCCGACCCCGAGCUGACCCAGAAGCUCAUCGCACAGAUCGAGUUCUACCUGUCGGACGAGAACCUGGAACACGACGCCUUUCUGCUCAAGCACGUCCGCAGGAAUAAGCUCGGUUUCGUCAGCGUCAAGCUCCUCACGUCCUUCAAGAAGGUGAAGCACCUGACGCGGGACUGGAGGACCACGGCAUACGCGCUGCGCCAGUCCACCCUGCUGGAGCUGAACGAGGAGGGGCGGAAGGUGCGGCGCCGGACCACAGUGCCGGUGUUCGCCAGUGAAUCGCUGCCCAGCCGCAUGCUGCUCCUCAGCGAGCUGCAGCGCUGGCCCGAGCUGGGCGUGGCUCUGGCGGGGGGGGGCGGGGCUGGCGACGGGAGCCCCGGCUCUGCCCAGCAGGAGCGCCUCAUGGAGCUUCUGCUGAAGGCCUUCGGGGCGUACGGCCCGAUCGCCUCGGUGCGGGUCCUGAAGCCUGGCAAAGACCUGCCCCCUGACCUGAAGAAGCUGAGUGCCCGCUACUCGCAGCUGGGAACCGAGGAGUGUGCCAUCGUGGAGUUUGAGGAGGUGGAGGCAGCGGUGAGGGCCCACGAGGCCUAUCUGGGUGGAGACGGCGAUGGCAGAGGCCUGCUGGGGCUGAAGGUGGUACUGAUCGGCACCAAGCCGCCUAAAAAGAAGGCGCCCAAAGAACGGCCACGGGAGGAGGCCGGCGGCGGCGGGCUGCGCAAGAGCCGCUCGCUCAACAGUCGCGUGCGUGAACUGCAGUACCACGGCGAUGACUCGGCCUGCAGCUCCUCAGAGACGGAGAGCAACCCCACCUCGCCUCGACUCACCCGGAAGUCGCGCUCGUGCAACAAGCUGAGCCCCGUCAGCGGAGGCCCCAACUUCCACCUGAGUCCGGCCGUGUCGCCGCGCACCAGCCCCUGGAACAGCCCCCGGGCCAGCCCCUGCUCCCAACGCAAGGCUCCCCACUCCGGCAAGUCUCCCCUUGCCAGCGAGGGCAGGCUGAGCCCCGAGCCGGGCCGACGCUGGGCGGACUAUUCCUCAGACAGCAGCCUGACUCCCUCCGGAAGCCCCUGGGUCCAGCGCAGGAAGCAGGUCGCCAGCCAGGAGAGUAGCCCGGUCGGGAGUCCCAUGCUGGGAAGAAAGAUCCAGAACGCGGAUGGUCUUCCCCCAGGUGUGGUGCGGCUCCCCAGGGGCCCGGAUGGUACGCGCGGGUUUCACGGGGUUUCUGUGGCCGAGCGGGGCAAGGCUGCAGGCACGCAAACUUGACUCAAAUGUGGGGACCCUCACUACCUCCGAAACUGCAGAACACGGCCCACUGCGGGUCCAGCCAUCCUGACCCUAAGCUCCAAACUUGGAACAGUUACAUGUCACUGUCUGCUUGACUUGUCUUUGAAAUACAUUUUUAUAUGUAUGGUUUUGUUUUUGCUUCAUAUGGACAUCAUAAUUUCAUUAGAAAUUGGUAUUCAUUGGUAUUAGAGCAGGAGGCUGCUAUAAGUGCAAAAAUGGAACCACAAACCCAGGAUGGACAAACUUGGAGGGGGCUUCUUAUUUUAUUAUUAUUAUUAUUAUUAUUAUUAUUAUUAUUAUUAUUAUUUUAAAUUUAAGGUUCUUUUUAUGUCCUUGGUCUUGAGGUGUGUAACUCUUACUCUAAUGAACUCUUGUGAAUGUUGUAACUUUGUUGAUGUGGACAGUGGUUUAGGCGUGUGGUUUUGAUAUGACCACCACCAUAUUGCCUUGUUAAAUGUCAAGCACCUAAAAAGCAGCAGUUAAGUCUGCUCUUUCCAUAUGUCUUUCAUUUGGGCAUUUGCUGGAAUAGUAAUCUCCUAGAACACUUUCGUUCUUUCCUUUGGUAUUUUGAGUUUUCUGCCUUUCCGGGACCACUUUCUAUUUUAGAGGUUACUGUUCUUGCAGGGAUGCGUCAGAGUAUUGUCUGUGCCCAACAGAGGCCCGUUGUGCUUCGUUCAGGUGUACGAGAGACGUGGUAGUGAGGGUUCAGGCUACAGUGUGUAAAAAUGCUUCGCGUUUGCCGAUCAGAGGCAAUGCACAGCAUAUUUCCUAUUGUACAAAUAAAAUCACUACUGUGGCAUUCA